AAUAAAUAUAAAUAAUAUUGUUAAAUGCGACAGACAUAUAUGUGCAUGUUAAAUAACUGAUUUCGUCUAAUCAUGGUUAUUGUUAAAAAUGGAAUAAAGAUUGAGUGAAACGAUAUCUGUAAUCACCUACAUAUUGAAUUCAAAUCCACAUUGCAUCAACUUUAUUUUCAAAACGGCAAAGGAAGUAAGAAAAGUUUGUUCCUAGUCCAUCAUUGAUAUAUCAUAUACCUCACGAACCAACCCAGCAUGAUCAAGCGUGGUAUAAUCGAAGCUUUAGAAAAGGCGAUGGCUGACAGACAAAAACACGAUAUGUUGAUCGAGCACGCAUCAUAUCAUGGGUUGUUACCAGAUUACGACACUGACUAUGAAUCCACGUACGACGAACUAUCCAAUAUUUUGACAGAAGAUUCAACAUCAUUGACAGGGUUGCUACCAGAUCACACAACCAACGAUGAAUGUGCUUAUGCCGAACUAUCUUAUUUUACAGAAGAUUCUACAUCAUUGACAGAUAUUUCUAGUUCCAAAGGAGAUAUCGAAGAAAUUAAAGCUCAAAGAUGGAAAGUCAAAGUGAAUAGCCUGACUAGUGUAAAAUCAGGAGAUGCUAUAUGUUUUAAGAGGAAAGCUGGAUUAUACAAACACCAUGCACUCGUUUCCGCUGUUAACACAGAGAGGAAAAGAUUUAAAGUAAUAGAACUUUCAGGAGAUAGUAUAGAUUGUAUGUUAGCUUCUUCUUCUUCGUGUCCUAAGGGUAGUGUGUUUGAAACAGCGAUUGAUUUCGAUAAAUGCACAAAAAUGUAUAAAUAUUACUACAAUUCAUAUAGGAAAGACGGUCUCGAUCCAGUAGAAGUUGCUAGGAUAUUUUUUGAUGAAGGUCUUCCAAACAAUUACCACUUAAAAAGUUUCAAUUGUGAACAUUUUGUUAGUUAUUGUAUGACUGGAAUUCCAUUCUCAAAACAGACUCGCUCGACAAAUAAAGAAGCUGGACGCUUGCUUGACGACAUCGUAAAAAAACAUUGCCACAAAAGCUUGCAAGAUAGAAGAUCCAGCUCAACAGUAUCACUUGAAGAAACUUCGUACCUGUUAAUGGAUGGAUGUGCUACUGCGUAUUUGAACGCUAACCCAGAAUGUACCGAUGGAGGCCGAUAUUCUGAAUUACAGCGUAGAUCAUGUGCACAACGAGACAGCUCAUAUUCUGGAUACACAGAACCAGACUAUUUGAACCCGUGCUAUGGGAACGGUACUGCAUAUCACUUGGACAACCCUCACUAUUAUCAUUCAGGUGGUUUUAUGUAUUGAUCUAUACAAUGAUAAAAUGUCGUGGGUAUGUAAUACUUCUAACUCUCUGAUGAACUGUCACAAAGAUCUUUCAAAGAACUAUUUUAAUCAGUUCUAGAAAAGUUAAACUCUAGAAAUGUUUCAGGGUAAAACUGUUAUUCGUUGAUGUAUGCAAUAAUACGAAGAACAGAAAUCUAUACAUUUUGUGUUUCCGUAAAAAUAAUCGAUUACACUGACUGAGAUAUAUUCACUUUAGAAAGACAAUUAUACAGGUCGAGGAGCACUUUCCGGUAUUUUAUCGCAGGUAAAAUAUUGGGAUUACGCAGUGACCACUUCAUUUCUCGAGGAGGGUUUGUAUACCCGAGUUUACAAUAUUAUGUUAUGAUAUCUUUGUGGUAUAGUAAUCUCUAUGUAAAUGGCACGCAAUAAUGUUAAUAAUAGUUCAUAACAAAUUGAAAAAAAAAUAAAAUUAAAUAAAACUACAACAAACAAGAAAAAAGCACUUUAAUAACUGAAUAAAUCUAAAUAAUUAAUCAUCAAAAGUAUCAACGUUGUUCUUAAUAUUUUGAUUGAAAUUAUAUAGAUACAAUGAGAAAAAAAGACUAAAGAAAAAAGAAAAAAGAAAAAAAAGGAAAACAGAAAAAUUUAAUGAGACAAAAUAGAUAGAAAGUGUAUGAAAUGAGAAAAUAAAUAAAUGAAAUUGAUAAGAAUAAAUAAAUGAAAUUGAUAAGAAUAAAUAAAUGAAAUUGAUAAGAAUAAAUAAAUAAAAGUAGUUUAUUAGGUAAAUUGAUAACUAUAUAACUAGAUCAAGCUGCCCCAAACUGUUCUGACGACAGAGCUACCAGAAUCAGUUCUAGGAUAGAAAUGUAAGAAAAAGUUCUAGGUUUGUUCUAAAUAGCUCUAGAAGAGAAUUGUCAUAAUUUAUUCUAGAUAAGAACUUUCUAAAACUGUGUUAGGUUAUAACUGUGCAAAACCUGUAGAACCGCUUCUGUAUAUGUAUAUUCAGAGAGAGAGAGAGAGAGAGAGAGAGAGAGCAUAUUAUUUAAAUGGAAACAGACGAAUGAAAGUCUAUGUAACAGAGCAUGUGGUUUUGAUUUAUUUUUGCAUAUUGUAUCAAAUUCAAUAAUGAGACAGAUUGAUAUAAGCACUUGUUGCUUCUUUCUGAAUCCUAUUUGCCACACUAUGAAUUUAUAUGGUAUAAGAUGUAUUUAAUUUCAUCAUAAAUAUUGUUUACACUAUGUAAUGUUUGUAACAAAGAAGAAGCCUAUACUCACUUUUUAUAUCAGGUCGAUUUUAAGACACUUCUAAAAGAGUUAAUGAGAAAAUCCAAUUUCGAGAUUAGCAUAUCGUUUAAGCAAUAAGGGUUUCGAUAUAAGCACUAGAAUUUUAGUCAAAUGGUGAAACGGCACAACAUACAGGAAAAGCAUCUAACAAUUGCACAGACCGGACCUGUUCUUAUGCUGUGCCGAUACACUACUGUUCCAGAUUAAGGGGAGGGUUGGCGCAUUCAAAAUUUUUAACCCCGCAUGUCCCAAGUCAGGAGCCUGUAGUUCAGUGUUUGUCUUUGGUUCAAGUCUGUAAUAUUUGUUUUCCGUUAAUUGUUUUGUUAUAAUUUAGGCCGUUAGUUGUCUCAAUUGAAUUUCAUGUCAGGGUCUUUUAUAGCCAACUAUAUGAUAUGAUUUUUUCUCAUUGUUGAAGGACUUUCGGUUUCCUUUAAUUGCUUACAUCCACUUCAUUUGAACUUUGGUGGAUAGUUGUCUCAUUGGGACAUCUCCUUUUUUUUAUUUUGAAAUUUCAACUUAAACAUCAAUAAGAGAUGGAUAUUGCAAGAAAAUAUACAUUGUCUAAAAAAAAAAAUCUAUCACAAGUAUUUCUUUCCAAGACAUGUUUUCCAGGAUACCGAUGCCACAUCUAAGGUUUUUCCUUAACGGGUAGGCCUUGGUAAACACAAAAUUUAGGAUUAUACAUGCCCCUAAAAUAAAAAUGCAAAUAUGCAAAUUCCUAAACCGAAUCAACAAUUUGUCCGCAUAUAUGUGAAUUAUACAUGUUAGUUGCCUUCUGCUCAUGCAAUAUUGUCUACUUUGAAAAUUUUCGGUCUUUUUAGUUUGAAAAUCGGACGCGUAACAGCAGUAUGCUUGCUAUAUCAAAUUACAAAAAAUCGUAAAAAAUCAAGAUUGAAAAUAGGAAUUAAGAUACAAUUUACAAGAAUAGUUUGUUCAUGAUUUGUCCGCAUAUAGGAAAACACCUAUUAGGUUACAUUUUCGGGUUAAAAACUGUUAUCUCACCUGCUUUCGUAAGUUUUCGGCCAAAUUCUUUCAAAACAUGAUGAUUUCAUCCUUCCCAUUUUCAAAUUUUAAGGAUUUUCCUUAGAAUUACACGACAUAUUUGUAAAUAUUCGCCAAAGGACGUUUUCAAAGACACGUUAAAUUUAAAUCCAAGACGUAAAAAGACUGGAUUAUCCGCAAAUUUGAUAUUAUUUAUAUUUUCAAUCUACAACUAAGGGAAGAAAUUUAAUCAAAAGGACCAAAGUCGCGAGGUGCAAAUCAUAUAAAUAAAGUACCUAGGAUUUUGCCAUGUGACAGACGUUAAAUUCAAUAUUUUGAUAGUCUGACACUAUCUAAGUACUAUCGUUGUGCUAAUGUUAGGUUCCUGUUAGCAUUAGCUUGUACCAGGAUGGUUGUUCAGAUCAUAUCUUCUAGAAUAUUGCCAUUUGUAUUUGUAAACCAAAGACAUACCGUUAAAUUAUCUAAGAUAACUUAAUUAUUCAAUCCAUUUUUUCCCUUUUGAAAUGUUCCCAAAUCUUCGAAGAUUGCAUUUAACUGAUGUCAAGAUUUAUUCUCAUACUCCUCAGUACAUAUAUUUUUAAGAAUCAUUUCAUGUAUCAUCAUGGUAUGAUGUUAAUUGUCUACCUUUUCAGCUUUUCAGCUUUUGAUUUUUGAAUUUUUUUUUAAAUGUUAUUCCUGAAUAACAUGCUUCGUUGAGUAAGACUUGUCCAAUUUUCUAAGAUGCUGCUGCAUCAUUCUCAUAACCACAUGCAAACAACAUAAAUUCUUCGUCAGUGGUUCAAUAACUGCUAGGUUAAAACGCACAAAUGACAUGCAAUACAUUUGUAAGAGUUGUCUCCUAUACCACGGGUCUUGCAUAUGGGUUGGAAAGUUCUCAGAAAGAAAAUUCGUAUCUACUUGACAGUUAAACUAACUGUCAGUUCGAAUUGACUGCAUUUCAAAUGAAGUCGAUUCAAACUGUAAACUCUUUACCACUACAUGUAGGCUAUGUAAAAAUGGGAUAAUAAAAUAAGAAGAACAAAAAUGACUAGAAGAUAAAGGAAUUUACAAAAGUCUACUUCAACUUCCAACUUCUUAGAAAAAAUUCGUACAUACUAAGAAAACAACAACUUAAAACCCAUGCUUGACUUGAUACGUGAACAAAUGAGGAGAGGUUAAACGAGAAUUGGGUACGCACAAACCUCACCUUUUCGAAUCUAUUCCAUUUAUCGUAAAAGUAAAACACAAUUAAAUUACCAAUAGGAUCACAACUAAAUUGAACGAAGAAAGGAGAGACCGCACAUGAUUAAGAAAACAAAGUCAAAAUGUGCUGGCUACUUCGGGCAGGAAGCUUAUUAGCUUUUUUGCUGCUCAAGAAAACUGAAAAAAUAUCGGAAACAACACUCCGUAUAAGUUUAAUGUAAUCUUAUCAUAAAAUUUAAUUAAAAGCGGAUGUGUUUGUGAGAGGCCAAUAAGUAAUUUAAAUUGUCAGAACAUCAAAAUACACACUUUUAAACUAAAUGAAUCGCUUGUUGCAAGCUUAAGAUAUAAUAUUCUAAUGUUUGGCUCAAUUUACGACAAAAUCAGAGAUUGUCCAUUUCUACCAGAUAAAGAAUGUUAAAUUUUCAAGACAUUCCGUCAAAGCAAACAUAAAGGUUAAGCAAAAUAAGUGUAUGUCCUUUUUUGCAAUAAAGGUCUGUAGAAGCACGUACAACCGUUUGAUGACGAUUUUUCAAGAUCUGUUUGAUUUCAUAUUAUAGAUUUAAAAUAUAUGUAAAUCAUCAUUUUACACCUGUAUAAAAAAUAUUUUUUGUGAGCAGGAUCAGUCAACGAAAUGGUUAUUCCUCGUGGCUCCAUUGUUUCACUUUUCAAUGCUGAUAUUUAUUUCUUUUUAGAAUGAACAUGCUGACCACAUACUAAACACAUGCGCAACUAAAGGUCUAACUGAAGAUUGCGUAAUUACGGAUUCAAAUGAGGUUGAAGUAUUGACUUGCAUGCCAAUAAUACAUGAGCGACGAUUUUAAGCUUAUUUUGUCGCAAUUGAACCAAACUGACUACUAAUGGCGAUAUUUUACAUUCCGCUUUUAUAAAUGUUUGAAACGAAAACAAAAAUUAUAUUUAAAUAUUUAGUCUAAUUUGUAGCUUACGUAGUAGGCCUAUAUUGUGGGCAGCAUCUUUGGCAAACUUCAGCAACAUGAAUUUGUAUAGUUAUAUAUUGUUUUUUAUAGGUACUACCAUAUACUGUGUUUAAUGAUAAUUUGAGAAGUUAGUGCUUGUCAUUGGUUCAUGUCUGUCAUAUUUGUUUUUAAUAAAUUGUACUGUAUAAAUUAG